AUGAAUGGCCAAGUUAAGGCCGCGAAUAAGGUCAUCCUGCUAGGCCUCAAAAAGCGGCUUGAUAAGAAGAAGGGAGCAUGGGCUGACGAGCUCGCCUCAGUCCUCUGGUACUACUGCACAACCCAGAAAUCGUCUACUGUUGAGACCCUAUUUCGCCUAACAUACGGGGUAGAUGCUAUGAUACCUGUAGAAGUCGGCGAACCGAGCCCACGGUUACUCUUGGGAGGAGUGGAAGAAGCUGUGGAAAAAGACCUAGUAGACGAGGCAAGAGAGAUGGUCCAUUUGUCGGAAGCAGCGCUGAAGUAA